AUGACUCGCCCGCUAGGCGCGAGCUUCGCGCAAUUCUUCCCCACAGCUCCAAAGGUAAAGGCUCAGACUCAGACUCGCGCAGACCAGAUCAGAGACUGCGAUCGUUCCAAGUCUGGGUUGACAUCGCCCUCUGCCAACGGCACACUCGACUCUACAUCAGGAUCCGCUGCAUUGGACCCCGACGCGAAUAUCGGCCAAAACGGCAUUGUUUCGGCGUCAGAAUCUAUACCUCCCCAACCUGACGACACCGAAUCCCCAUUCACAGACAUCCCCAGCACCGUCGACUCGGCCAGCUCAUACAGCAGCGCCGCCUCAUCGAUAUUUAGCACAACCGCCCGCCACGGAGUCGCGGUAACUACAGCUUCGUCCCGUCUGCCCACCUCGAGCCUUACUCCCAUCGCUUCUAAAGAUUCUCCCAACUUCUCGGCUUCGGCCACCGCAAAGCCAGAUAUGUCUACACCCCAUACCGCCGAUCGGGCUGCGAGACAGUCCUCUCGAAACUCGCCGGCCACAGGCCACAAUGGCUCGACAUCAAACGGACUCACAUCAAUUGAGCGCAUUCCGGCUCGAGAUCCUCUGCCUUCCGUCAAGGGCCUUAAAUGCACAUAUGAUCCGCUCCUCGAUCGAGUACACAAUAAGAGCGUCAGCAAGAGCGCCAAGCCCACAUAUAAAGAGUUCGGUCGAGACGAUGACGCCCCCCCUAAAGACCCUCGACUAUCCAGGUCCGAUGGUCGCCUCGGUUAUAUCAACACCGAUUUUUACCUACCCAAAUCGCGAUUGCGAACAGCGCCUGAGAACAUCAAGCCUUACCCAUAUGAUCCCAAGACCUCCAUUGGUCCUGGUCCACCCACGCAGAUUGUGGUGACGAGGUACAACCCUCUUAUUCCUUUCAGUAAAGUGACAGCCAUUUUUGCAACCUUCGGCGAGAUUGCCGAGAGCAGCAACAAGAUGCACCCAGAGACAGGUAGCUAUCUUGGCUUCGCGACAAUUCGUUACCGUGAUUCAAAGCGACCCGACCGACUUCCCGUCCCUGCCAUCGAGGCAGCUCGCCGAGCCGUUCGGACACGCGGUAUCAAAGUCGAUGCCGACAUUGUCCGUGUAGAAUACGAUGCCGAAGGUCGGAGAAGUCGACGGAUGUUGGAAGAGCAUCUCAAGAGGGAGAAGGAAAAGUUCGAGAAGAUAGAACAAGAACGACUUGCUCAAGCAGCCAAGGCACCGCCAACUGGUCCCAAAUCCGGAACUGCUCCAGCAUUCACAAGACCUCCUCCGACCGCUCCUAAAGGCCCGUCAGCACAGCGACAACCUGCGGCAUCCAGCGCACCACAACUCCCUACACUGGCCUCGCAGCCCAAAGCCCUCAAUAUCGAAGCUUCGAAUCUCGCGCAAAAGCUAGCGGAUGAUCCAUAUAUUUAUGUUACAGGUGAUAGUGUCCCAGUCUUGCCAAGUAUCCUUCCGCACAUGAAGAAGCGACUUAAGAAUUAUGGCUUCGAAGAAAUCCGUGUUGACAAGUCGGGUUACUUUAUCGUGUUUCGCAACUCGUUCACUGGCACAUCAGAAGCUGAACGAUGUUUUCGCGCUGUUAAUCACACAGAAUUCUUCAACUACGACAUGACGAUGCAGCUUUGUCUACCUCGGCCACGUCGAGAGGACACUUCUGGCCGCCGACGAUCCAGCGCAAGUGCCGAUCGGAAGACACAUGCCGAACCACGAUAUCGCGACGAGAGGGACAGGCGACGGAGAGAAGAAGAGGCGGACUUGGAAGAGGAGAAGAAACAAAGAGCUAAGAACUUUGAUCCUGUGAUCGAGGCCGUGGAAGCUGUUCGACGAGAGAUGACCGAACAUCUCAUUCGACACAUUCGCACCAAGGUCGCAGCGCCUGCGCUCUCAGAUUUCCUGGAUCCUGCCAACCAUGCUGCCAAGAGGCGAAAGUUCAACAUCGAGCACCCUGAUGAUAUACAGGAGAUACCUAGUAUCGAGGAUGGCAAUGAUAGUUCGCGUGUGGGAACACCCAACUCCCGCGCGGACCCGAUCGAGCGCCGGACUGGGCGACUUGAACCCAAGGCUUUACCAAGGAUUCGCAAGACGAAGAUCAAGGGUCAGGCGCAAAAGACUGCAUUUGUUGAUCCAUUUGCACGAAAACGACCGCCUGUUGCUCGAAAUGCCUUCCGUUCUCUUCACCAUCGCCUUAGAAGUCUGGAUAGUGAUAUCGAGUCUGACGACGAUACGGAUACACGGACGCUAUUGGCUCGCGAGACUGAGGAGGCCGAAUCUCGACCUCGCAGCCGUAUGAGCACUGAUGAUGAAGCCUCCAAGGACGACUUUGUUCCCUGGGAGCAGGGCGAGGAUGACUCCACGACCGAAGCCAGCUUCGCGAUAACAGAUUCUGCAAUGUCCAGGAAACGAAAGUUGGUGGCUUCAGUAGAAUCGGUUUUCAAACGUCAAAAGAAGACAGAUGAGGAAUUGUUUGGUGUUAGACUCGGAGCACUUGGCUCUGGGUUUGAAACACGAGAGGACUCCGUUGAUAUCAUCCCCGAACUAGAAACAGGUGAUGAUGUGGAAAGUAGAAUUUCCCGAUCUGAAACCCCAGCGUCUACUAUAGGCAAAACUUUGAAGAAGCGGCCCUCCAAAGCGAAAAAGACAAAGAAAACAGCGUUUGAGGAACUGGAGACUUUGAAACCUCUGCCUGACGCAGACUCUCCUGGCGAUGAAGAUGAAGUUGUAGAGGCUUCGAGGGCCGAGACGACCGACGAACAGACCAAGAAGCUACCGGCAGAAGGGGUGGUUCCUCAAAAGUAUAAUGAGAAGUUCUUGGCCACGGAACCGUUAGUACCUGCAAUGGUGUUACCCGACGGUCUCAAAACAGAUUUACCACUCUUUCAAGGGUUAGCGAUUGGUGCUAAUGACACGCCUGACCUUGCAAAACUUUCUCGGAGGUUCAACACAAAGGACAUAGGCAACCCAGAGCUAUGGUUGUGGACUCGCAACCGCGUCAGAGAGCUCAACUCCACUCACAGGACAUUGGACUCACCUGUCACUAUCGGAGGCUACUAUGUGCCUAACCCUACUGGCUGCGCACGCACUGAGGGUGUCAAGAAGAUUCUUAACUCUGAAAAGUCAAAGUACCUACCUCACCAUAUCAAGGUGCAGAGGGCAAGACAAGAACGAGAAGCCCGCCUGAAAUCUGGCAAGGAUGCCGCUGCAGAAGCUGCUGACGCCGCGAGACUGGCUGCCGAGAAACUGGUUGCCAAGGGCAAUUCACGAGCGAAUCGUGCUACCAACCGUCGCUACGUUGCUGACCUUAAUGAUCAGAAGAAGACACUCGGCCAAGACUCAGACGUCUUCAAGUUCAACCAGCUCAAGAAGCGGAAGAAGCCCGUCAAGUUUGCUCGUUCGGCUAUUCACAACUGGGGCCUGUACGCUAUGGAGAACAUUGCUAAGGACGACAUGAUUAUCGAGUAUGUCGGAGAGCAAGUUCGACAGCAGAUAUCCGAAAUCCGCGAAAAUCGUUAUCUCAAGAGUGGCAUUGGAAGCAGUUAUCUGUUCCGUAUUGAUGACAACACUGUCAUUGACGCAACCAAAAAGGGUGGCAUUGCGCGAUUCAUCAACCACAGUUGCAUGCCCAAUUGUACUGCAAAGAUCAUCAAGGUCGAGGGAAGCAAGCGCAUUGUCAUCUACGCGCUGCGUGACAUUGCCCUGAACGAAGAGUUGACGUAUGAUUACAAGUUCGAACGUGAAAUCGGCAGCCUUGACCGCAUUCCUUGUCUCUGUGGCACAGCGGCAUGCAAGGGUUUCCUCAACUGA